AUGUCGGUCACGUACUGCACCCUGGCCUCCCUGGCCGCGGGCCUGAUCCUGCACCUGAUUCAUCGGAAGUUAAAACAUGUCCGGGCUCGGGCCAACCUCCUUGCGGCCGGCCAGUCCCUGACCUCUGGGCUCGGGCAGCUCUCAGUGCUCUCCUACAACAUGCUCACUGAUGCUCCCGGGCGUGCCAAGACGCUGAGGGCCGUGUCCCCGGAAGCGUUAGAAUGGAGCCACCGCUGGAGGCUCCUGUCAACCCAGAUCAGUGGGAGUGACGCCGACAUCAUCUGUCUGCAGGAGGUGUCCAUGCACAGCUGGCAAGAGCUGGUGGACCUGCUCUCGAGCCGGGGGUAUCAUCCGGUCCUGCAUACCCGGUCGGCGGCCCAGCCCCCGGACUCAUGCAGCAGCGUGCUGGCGGUCUUUUACAAGGAUGCCAAGUUUGCCCUGGAGUGGACCCAGGAGGCGCAGCACGGGCUGCUGGUCUGCCUGCAGCACAGGGACGAUGCGCCGUGCCAGGAGCCCUCCGCCUCGUCGCUGAGGAGCAGCGACUACCUCCACGUCGUGAAUGUCCACCUGGAGGCCUCGCCCCUGCUCCCAGGCAGCCGCCUGCACCAGCUGAAGGCCAUCCUUGGGCUGCUCUCCGAGAAGUUGGGAAGCCGCAAGGCCGCUGCCGCCGCCCAGCUCGUCCUGGCGGGGGACCUGGGCAGCACGCGACAGGCUUCCCCCUGCGCAUUCCUCUCUUCUGGCAGGGUGGACGCGCACUGGACGGAGGCCGGCCUGCCAAAGGUGGGACUCAAUCGGGAGAGCCUGGAGCACGCCUUCCCUCUGCAGGAGGCUUACCAGGCGGGGCAGCGCCUGCCCCAGGGGAAGGCGCAGGUGCCAUACCGAGACACCGACUUCAUCUGGUGCAGCCGAGGGGGGCGUGUGGUGGCCGUGCUGGAUCCCAUGCCGGCAGGACUGAGGCAUGGGGCACCGCAUGCGAGCCUUCCAAACAGCACCGUCCCCUCUGACCACACGCCCAGGGGGGCCAUCCUGCAAAUGUGA